CCUUGAUAAACUCUCCUGCGCUGCCCUCGACCUGCACGACGACUUGCUGACAGCCAGAUUUACGAUGCAGUCCUGCCCCUAACUGAUCGCAGCUGGACUCUAAUUAAUUGCGCCUUGCUUUUUCGCCUGUCACACACGCUGCUAUCAUCCUUGUGCUUUUGAGACACGAAUUUUCGCCUUGUCAGGGGUCGAGUCGCCCUGCCUGUGGAGGUGAUGGAGAACGAAUAUAUGGUAAACUGCAUUGUCGCCACUAGAUAAACUUUGUAUUAAGUCGAGAACAUCCACGCGCACACGCAUUCCCGGUCUUCGAGAGAUGAAUCCAGCCACGACAAAUGCCCGCUCCGGGGUCUCCGGUCUUGUGCCACCCGGUACCAUUGCGAGCGCCAUGACCAGCAAGUCAACGACCCUGUCGCAACCGUCUCGUCCAAGAACUACCACGCAAGCGCCCGAGGUUGGCAGAGCCGGAGCCGGAGCAGCAUCGUCGCGCAUCAACAGCAACACCACCAGAUUUCAUGGCCGCGCCAACUCCCACUCAUCGACUAGUUUGACCAGAUCAGCUUCCACCUCCGCGCGAACGAAAGCCGCGACUGCCGGUCCCCCGCGACCACACACCAGCAUGUCUCGCACCCACUCCGUUGCGAGCUCCCGAAAACCGAAUGGUCAUGCCAUCCCACGCCCGGCAACGUCAUUGGAUACCCAUGAUGAGGAGGACUCCGCCACCAGCGUACUAGGAAAACGAAAGGGGGCCGAAUGGGACCAGGAAAGUCGGGAAAGGACAAUGGAAGACCUUUUGAACACCUUCGUCACGAGAAUUGGCCAAGCCGGGCAAGAAAGCAAUGGCCUCAAGGAAGCACUUGACCUAUACAAAUCCAGAGUCAGCGAGCUAGAAGCCUCCCGAAAGGAAAUUACCGACACAAAUCUUACCCUCCGGGUCGAGAUGGAGUCACUCAAGGUCCGACUAGGUGCGGCGGAGGAUGCCUUGAAGGAUGCGCAGAGAGACCAUGAUAUGGAAGUCGACAACCUCAGCGCCCAUCAACGCAUCGAGGUGGAGUCCGCGCGGUCAGAAGGUAGGAAGGAGUUGGAAGCAUUGAAAUCCCGGCAUCAAGAACAGAUCCAAGAACUAAAGCGACGGUACGAGCAUGAGAUUGAGGAUGAAAGAGCUGCGCGGCUUCGAGAAAUCAGUCAGUUAACCUCACAGACCGCCAUUGACACACAAAGGUCGAAUAUGGAGCUUGACAGGAGGGAACGGGAAAUCACUACGCUUCGGGAUGAUGUGCAGGCACUGCGGGCAGAACUCGAGCGUGAGCGCAAGAGCAACCGGAAUCUCCGGCAAAACUUGGACACAGCCAGUACCAACGGCGUGACGCUGGAGUCAUCUAUUCGUGCGCUGAAGGCUAGAAUCGAGUUCCUCGAGUCUGGACGAGAGGAGCAAUCCCAAUCAUUUGAGCGCCUCAACCAGAAAAUGAUGGACGCGUUAGCUGAGACCAACACGACAAAGGACAAGCUGAGGAAGGAAGAGACUCUGAGAAGGAAGCUUCACAACCAGGUGCAAGAACUCAAAGGCAACAUCCGGGUGUUCUGUCGAGUCCGACCAUCGCUUCCCUCGGACCCCACCACUGGAGUGGCUCAGAUUCAGUAUCCCGAUGAGACCGAGGACAGCAAAGAGAUUGCUCUUUUGGGCCCAGAGGAGAAGAGCAGUCUCGGCACGAUUUCGAGAAAGAACAGCAACUUUUCAUUCGAUCGUGUUUUCGGGCCGACUACGCAGAACGCAGAAGUUUUCGACGAAAUCAGCCAACUUGUCCAAAGCGCCCUCGAUGGAUACAACGUCUGCAUUUUCUGUUACGGUCAGACUGGUAGUGGGAAAACAUACACUAUGUCAUCCCUUGACGGUAUGAUUCCUCGCGCAGUGCACCAGAUUUAUGAGACAGCCAAGGGCUUGGAAGAAAAGGGCUGGAGAUAUACGAUGGAGGGCAACUUUGUCGAAGUGUACAACGAAAACCUCAACGAUCUACUGGGCAACCCCGAAGAACUCGAUAAGAAGAAGCUUGAGAUCCGGCACGACAUGCAAAAAGGAAAGACGAUCAUCACGGAUGUCACUACCGUUCGGUUGGAAUCCCCUCAGAUGGUUGAGACAAUUCUCAGACGUGCUGCCUCCAACCGCUCCGUCGCAGCUACCAAGGCCAACGAGAGGUCCUCCCGGUCACACUCGGUCUUCAUCCUCAAGCUCAUUGGAGAGAACGACAUUACUGGUGAACGCAGUGAAGGUACCCUCAACCUGGUGGACUUGGCUGGUAGUGAGCGUCUAAGCCACAGCGGUGCUACCGGCGAACGGUUAAAAGAGACGCAGAACAUCAACCGCAGCUUGAGCUGUUUGGGCGACGUCAUCGCUGCCCUCGGACAGGGUAAGGAUGGUGGACACAUUCCCUACCGAAACAGCAAGCUUACCUAUCUCCUUCAAUUCUCGUUGGGAGGAAACUCCAAGACUCUGAUGUUUGUCAUGGUCAGUCCGCUGCAGGCGCAUUUGUCGGAAACCUUGACCAGUCUCAAGUUUGCGACCAAGGUACACAACACGCACAUUGGGACGGCCAAGCGGCAGGCACGCGUUCGUGAUUCCUAAACUAUGAUACCUUUUGAUCUUUCUGGGCGGCCUUCAUGAACCAGGCCUUGGCAGAGGUGUUUGAGGUUUUUUUCCUCUCUUGGGAGUGAGAUAUGAACUGUUUCUGUUUCGGUAUACAUAUGGAUUUGAUCACUUGGCUUAAUGUAAUGCCUGAGUUUAUUAUCGAGGUACCUGGGUAGUCAAGACUAGCCGUACAUACAAUUCUAGCUCUUUGCAGAUG